UUGUUUGGUUUGAAAGUGGGUCUUCCUUGGCUGCAUGCGCAGGGAGAUGGCAGCGUGCAGGAGGUUGCUGGGGCUGCUGGCUUUCUUGGCUGCCGGGGCUGCCGAUGACUCGCUGCUGAACGUGUGCAUGGAUGGCAAACAUCACAAGACGGAGCCUGGUAAAGAGGAUGCCCUGCAUGGGCAGUGCUCCCCAUGGAAAGAAAACGCUUGCUGCACAAAUAGCACGAGUCACGCCGCACACGACGACCAGUCCUACCUGUACAACUUUAACUGGAACCACUGCGGGAACAUGUCGCCUGAGUGUAAACGCCACUUCAUCCAGGACACCUGCCUCUACGAAUGCUCGCCCAACCUGGGGCCCUGGAUUAACAAGGUGGAUCAGACCUGGCGCAGAGAGAGGAUCCUGGAUGUCCCACUGUGCAAAGAAGACUGUGAGCAGUGGUGGAACGACUGUCGGAAUGAGAUGACGUGCAAGGAGAAUUGGCACGCGGGCUGGGACUGGUCCCAAGGGCAUAACCGGUGUCCCCAUGGGUCAGCGUGUAAGCGGCUGGAGUCUGUCUUUCCUACACCACGGGACCUGUGUGAGAAGAUCUGGAGCAACUCCUACAAAUACACCACCUUCACGAGGGGCAGCAAGCGCUGUAUCCAGAUGUGGUUUAACACAACGCAGGGCAACCCCAACGAGGAAGUGGCAAAGUACUAUGCCAAUGCCGGGGCAGUUCUCUCGCCCUGGACGCUCCUGGCCUCGCUCUUCUCUGCCCGCCUAGCAACCCUGCUGUGAACUUUGCAAGGGACUUCUCUGAUCCCUGAAGAGUUUUGACCCUGCAAAAUUGCCCUGGGAUUUCCAACUUCCUCCAUCGCGGUGAGAGUGCUCUUGUUCCAGGUUCCCACUAAAUAACACUUCCAGCUUCCCUGUAAGAAAGGUUUAUCUUCCGGGACUUCCUCCGAGCAUUGUUUCAGCUUCUGUUCAUUUCUGUCGCCUUGGCAAACUUGGGUCUGCUCACGGGGACAUGGAAAGAAGGUGCUGGUGGCCUCUAGUAAUGGGGGCGUUUGCAAUCC